AUGGACUGUCUUCUGAACAUAGACCGUGGCCUCAUUCCUGCCUGGAAGACACUUCUACUAACAGGUACCCUGCUCACCUCCUGCACCUGCUCAGCAGCCUCCAAGCUGGCCCAGAUGGAAGGAGCUGGCACCCACCAGCACGUCCCCAGAACCCUUGAUGGAGUUCUCAGUGCUUCUUGGUCCCGAGAGCCUGAAGUCCAGCCACCAGCCAGGAUCUCUCCCAAGGGCCUUCUGGGACUUCCUCACACUAGCCAGGACAUACCACACACAGAGGACAACAACCCCAUCUUGAUCCCACUGGUGACCUUCCCGGAGGCUUUGAAGGGUGUGAUCUACAGUGACCUUAACUACUCUGUGAUCCUGAGAUGGGCAGCGACCAUGAACCCAGAACCUGUGCUGAGCUGGACCUUGAAUGGGAAGCCAUGCGGAACUGGGGAGAAACUAUUUAUCCGGAGACUGUCCCCAGAGCAGCUGGGCACAUACCUGUGCAUAGCCAAGAACACAAACAAAGAGCUGGUCUCCGAGCCUGUGACUGUCUCACUGAGACAAGCCACCGGGACUCCCACAGCUGUGGCUCCCACAGCUGCCUACCCCAUGAGGCCUGACGACUUCCUGUCCCUGUCUGGAGGAUCUGCCAUAGCCCUCAUCGUGGCGGCCACCCUGGGAGGUCUAAUGCUGCUUGGAGCUAUCGGCUAUUACCUAGUGUAA